AUGCGUACUGGAACCCGGAAGUACGAUGAGUGCUUUUCACCGAGGAUGAUGAAAAUCUAACGCAACCGUGUCGUAUUUCAACAGGACAUUAAUAUUUGGUUAUCUGAUUGCUCUUUUUUUUCUGCCUAAAUGCCAUUCUGAGGCGCAUGUGAAAACGUUUUGCGGUUAUAAAACAAGGAGGUUGCUUGAUUUUCCUGACUUGCCUUUUACAAGUGCGACAUCAUGAAGUUUAUGUUUGCGGCUUUUGCCCUUCCGCUGUGGGUUGGCCUCGCUGUAAGUGAUCCAGGUAGUGUCCUACUUCGAGAUAUUCAAGUUCUCACCCUGUACCGAGGCCGGUACACCAAUUCCCGAAGGACGAGUCCUGUCCCUCAGUUACAGUGCACUGGGGGCUCUGCAGGAUGCAGUGCUUUUGUGCCAGAAGUAGUCCAGUGUCAGAACAAAGGCUGGGAUGGCAUAGAUGUGCAGUGGGAGUGUAAAGCAGACAUGGAUUACUCCUAUCGUUUUGGAAAGGUUGAAGUUAGUUGUGAAGGCUACAACUACCCCGAAGAUCCAUAUGUGCUUAAAGGGUCAUGUGGGCUCGAAUACACCAUUGACCUUACAGAGAGCGGAAGACAAAGAAACAAGGGUGCAUAUGACAAUAACGGCUUUGGAUCGUACUUUUACCAGGAUAAAUCCGAUAAUGUGAAAUACCAAAGUGAUAACGGAGGAAUGUCACUAGCUGUCGUUGCUAUCCUCCUGUUGAUUGCAUAUGGGGUUUAUAAGAUGUUCCUGUGCAGGCCAUUGCAAGGACAAGAGCGCUUUCCAAAUGAUGUUCCAGGAGCCAUGGGGGCAAAUGAUUAUUCAGGUGGUUUUGGCUCAGCUGCCCCUCCACCUCCUGGAUUCAAAACUGAAUAUUCAGGCUAUGGAAACUACAACAGUGGAUAUGGAUUUAGUAAUGCCUUCACUGGACCAUAUCAUCAGCGAAACACUGGACCAGGGUUCUGGAGUGGAAUGGGAGCAGGAGGUGUUUUGGGAUAUCUAUUUGGAAAUAGAAGGUCUCAGCCAAAUGUGAGCCCAGGAAGAAGCAUGUUUAACACAAACGCCACCGCACAUCAGAGUACUCCUGGGACAAGAGCGGCAUCUGGUUAUGGUGGGACAAAAAGAAGAUGAUUACUGGAACAAAACAACUGCAAUGAUGUGACAAUAAAAAAGGAAGAAACAAUUGAUGUGAAUCUUUGGGUGAAAAAUGACAUUUUGUUGUAGUUUCAGACGUACUCACAUUUUUAAUUUCCAUUACAGAGAACCUAUUAAUUUAAACUGGAACUAGUUUCAUCCCAUACUUUUAAUAAAAUAUAAAAGGUGA